ACAACAACUGCAUAUACAUCCAUCAUAACACUCCUCUUCGACCAAGAGCAAGCUCUUCAACCCAGAUAUACACUCAAGUGACCCGUAUACAAUUCACACGCAGAAAGCUCAUCGCGCCAUAACAACAACAACAACACGCCCACCAUGCCUCCCUCCAACCCCCCUAGAAUCCUCCGCCUCUUCGCCACCAUCUUCGGCACAAUUUUCAUCGGCUUCGGCACAGCCUACACUUUCUACCCGCGACUCGCCUACCCAUCUCUCGGCCUCCCCUCUCCGACAACAUCCCGGGAUGCGGACAUCGUGGACGCCAUCAUGAUCCUCUUCGGCGCGAAGGAUCUGUUCGUCGGCGCGAGUAUUCUGGCGGCGACGUGGAUGGGGAAUAGGAGGGUUGCGGGGGCGCUGUUGGUAUUGGGGAGCGCGUGCGCGGGUGUGGAUGGGUGGGUUGUGAAAGGGAUGACCGGCGAGGGGGAGUGGAAUCACUGGGGGUAUGGGGGGAUCAUGGGCGUUGUGGGAGUGUUGAUGGUAGGGGUGCUA